AACACCAGUCAUUCUAAACUCCAUUAAUAUUCUGUUAUUGGUCCCCUUCCAUUGUUUUAACAAAUAGGCAAGCUGAACUGGCAGGACCAAGGAUCCCCCCCUGCUUUUAACCUUCUAUUCUCUUUCCUUCCAUAAUACUCCUACAAUAUAUCAGAUUUUAAGGUGAAGGAAUCAUACAUAAUAAAUACAUAUACAUAUGAGUCUUGUCAGAAUUCCUUGGAUCUCCCUUCUUUCUUUCUUUGUUUCCUAAUUAAUCACUUCCCUUUUCUUUCCACUUUCCUCCCCCUAAAAUAACUCCCAAAAUUCAGUAAUCUUCAAUUAAUCCUUGUUCAUUUUGUCCAAAUAUGAGAGAUAUGGUAACCUGUUUUAGUGAACAUGCUGUAAGAAUAUCAGAAACUACAUGUUCGAGCUACAUAAACCAAGAUCAACCAUGUCUACUUUCGAAUCUGAAUCUCACACCUUCUGUUCCAAAUGCAGUUGUUUUUCUCUACAAAACUACCCUUCUUUCUAAACAAAAACACUUCCUCAUCACUGUAACUUGGUGCAGGAAUCAGUUAGGACAAGGUGGUCUGAACAUUAACUUUGGUGAUCACCCAUCAACCUCCUUUAAACUCAACACGUUUUCUCGCCUUUUUCGUAAGAAAAAAGGCCAGAAAUCAUUCGAGAUUGAUUCCUCGAAAAUCGACGUGUACUGGGAUCUUUCGUCCGCUACUUACCAGUCUGGUCCUGAACCUGUAGACGGAUACUAUGUCGUCGUAGUUGUUGACUCUGAACUCGCACUAGCUCUUGGUGACCUAGCUCAAGAAGCUAUCACCAAGAGAUUAAAAACAGACUUCACAAUGCUGUUAAAAUCAGUACUCGUUUCUCGGAGAGAGCAUUACUCCGGAAACGCCCUUUACUCUACUAAAGUACAGUUUUGUGACUCUGGAGUUAACCAUGAGAUUAUGAUCCGGUGCAGCGAGGACAAUGAGAAGCUCAAGCAGCCUGUUUUAUAUAUUAGUAUUGAUAAGAGGACUGUGAUCAAAGUUAGGAGGUUGCAGUGGAAUUUCAGAGGAAAUCAGACGGUUUUCGUCGAUGGAUUGCUUGUUGAUCUGAUGUGGGAUGUUCAUGAUUGGUUCUACAAUCCUAUCUCUGGCUCUGCAGUUUUUAUGUUUAAGACUAGAAGUGGGGGUGAAAGUAGGCUUUGGUUGGAAGAUAAAUUGGGACAAAAAGAUCAAGAACGAGUUGAAUUUUCUUUGCUUAUAUAUGGUAGUAAGAGCCCUUAGAAAUUUUAAUCUUAGUGAAUGUUCAGAUUUUAAUUGUUCCAAAUUCUAGAAUUCAACUUUCUUGUUGUUAUUGAAUAUAGAUAUAAUUUAUUUGCACUGUUUAAAAUGAAGUAAAUACAUAAUGAUUCUUUUUAGAAUGUGAGGAUUCAUUCUUCCUUAUCUA